AUGGACGACGUUCGGCACGCGCGCUUGUUUCAGAGGACCUUCGAGCGACGCAAGCGGCGGCAGGCGGACGUCAAGGCGUCCCGGCCCGCCGCGGCCAAAGAGAAUGUCGCGGCGGCCACUCUGAAGCCGCAAAAGGCACGAAAGCGGGCAAAGAAGACCGCGGGCGCCAGGGCGAUCGCGCCGCCGCAGGUCGAGGAGGAGCAGGCCGAGCUGCCGGCACGGAUACGCAGCCAGGUGGAGUACUUCGCCCGCCUCGACCGCACCGUCCUCGAGACCGACGCCGACGUGGAGCCUGCGGAGCAGCAGCAGCGAGUCGGCCAGCCAGCCGUCCCCACGCCGCCGCCGCCGGUGGCGGUGGCGCAGGCCCCCGCCGAGGCAGAGCGGGAUCCCCUCUCGGACCCCUCGGCUGCCGCAGACGCCGCCGAGGUGAGCAGCCAGGUCUCUGCCACCGAGUCGAGGGUGCUGUGUCUCUUGCUGUGGCGCGAGGCGACAGCUUCCGCCUGGCGGACGCGGCCUCGGGCGACAGGCUUCUAA